GACGUCACGUGACUGCCCCGGGUUCGUUCCGGCUGAGCGCGGAGCUCACGUGCUCGCUCAGAGAGGAGGAGGAGAAACGGCUGCAGAAAAAAAGCGAUAACGUCCAACCAACCGGCACUGCGCAGCUGCACCCGUGUCCUGCAUUUUUUUUCUUCGGUUUUGUUUUCAUUCGUUGUUUUUUGUUUUUGCUGGGACGACGUUGCUUCCUUUGCUUUAGUUGAUGUGCAUUAUUACUGCUGUUAUUUUCAACAUGGUUGGGAUUUUCACUCCUUGUCUUCCUAUGAGCAACUUUUUUUCUUUCUGCAAGACCUGUUUCUCCUGCUGUCUGACAGUUUAGGCUGUUGGGACAUAUGUAUGCACGGACAUACGUCGCAAAAUUGAGCUUUUUAAAGUUUGAGCCGACAAAUAUUUUGCCACCUCGGAAUAAGUGAAGGCGUUUUAUCCAUUGGACUGCCACCAAAUGCAAUAAAAUGACACUCUUGUCUUUUUUCUGAGCUCUGUGCUCUCAAGAAGACUAAAGUAUAGUGUACUGGUCCAGCUCUCCAUAGUGAACUGGAUGAUGGCAAGGCCUCCCUCACAGCGCCUGUUGCCCCCUUCUGGACCCAAAAUACACUUCAGAAGCUUAGACCAUGCAGGAGGAGACUCACUGAACACUGGACCAGUCAACACUGGUCCUGACCUCAAAUCACCACCACAGACCACACUCAAAGGUGAUCAGAGCUUUAAAGACUGCUGUGAAAUGAAGGAUAAGGACCGGUUGGACAUGGAUGAGGAUUCUCUGGGACGUUGCUCCAUCCGUGACAGAAACAGCAAUGGGCAAGUUGCAGAUGGUAGCGGUUUAGGGACAGGACCAGGCACCUUCCAGAGCCUGUGGGAGCGGACAGUGGCGUCUGAUCCCGGUUUAUUCCAGCUGCACUACAUGGACCUGGGCGAGUUUCUGACGGAGAACGGCAUGGCCAUGCACGGAGCUCAGAUCCCCUCUCAGAGCUCACAGUGCCCCUCCACAUCCCCUUCUCCCUGCUCUUCUUCUUCCUCAUCGUCAGCUUCUGCCGCCUCACCACCUACGCUGCUUGGCUUGGACAUGCAGGUGCAGCAGAGCAUGCUGGGAUCUGCCGGCUGCUUGCACAGUCCUCCUCAGGGCAGCCUCGAGCCUACUCCGUCAUCCUCCUGCCCGCCACUCACUGCUCCACCCAUGACUAACGCCAAUGAUAUGCUAACGACCUUUGACCCUGACCCCGCUGAUGUGGCCCUGUCCAGCGUCCCAGGUCAGGAGGCGUUUGACCCCCGCACACAUUCCUUUACUGAAGAGGAUCUCAAGCCACAGCCCGUGAUCAAAAAGGCCCGUAAGAUGCUCGUCCCUGACAGCUUAAAGGAUGAUAAAUAUUGGAGUCGGCGCUUGAAGAACAACGAGGCGGCUAAGCGCUCGCGGGACGCGCGGCGAGUGAAGGAGAACCAGAUCUCGGUGCGCGCUGCCUUUCUGGAGCGGGAGAAUGCUGUGCUCCGACAGGAAGUGGCCAACAUGCGCAAGGAGCUUGGCCGCUGCCGCAACAUCCUCAACAAAUACGAGAGCCGCUACGUCGAGCAGUUAUGAGGAGGAGAGAAGAAAAAGACGUAUACAGAACGCUGAAUGUGUUGAGCGACAAUGGACAUGAGCUGAAACUCACACAAAGGCACAGAGAAAAAAGAGAAAACCAUGGACAUUAAGAGUAAUGCAGGGAAAUGGACAAGAAGCCUGUUUAUACUUUCAAGAUAAGAAGUAAACAUAGGAUUAUAAGUUUUUCCAAAAAGGAGAGAAAUGUAUAUUUUUAUAAAUAGAGGCAUUCAAUAUGGGAAGAGGAAUUUUGAGAAUAUUUUAAUGGGAAGAAUAUUUCAGGAGAGUGUGAGAAUGAGAGAGAAUGUAGAAAUAUUGCUAGUAUUUUUAAGCAUCUUUAGCUAGUAUUUUAAAAAGCACUUGCAGGGGGCUGGACAGAACUAUAAUAGAUGAGAGGGGGAAAGUAAUACUGGAGUAAAGAUUUCAUCAAAUUGGUGGGAUAAUAAUUUCUGACUGUGAAAGCUAAAGGGUUUUUUUUUGUUGUUGUUAAUGUUUUUAAAUUUGAUUGAAAAAAAACCACACUAUAAUUUGGGUUUAUUCAAGCACUUAAUUAGUUGUUUACUUUUUAUGCAUUUGUGAUGAAAGAGUUCAAGCAGAUCAUUUUUUGGAAGACACGACAUUUCCUGAGUUUUGGCUUUCUUUUUUUUUUCUCUUUAAAAAAAAAAAAAAUUUGAUUAGCAGUUCUAACAGAGAAAGGCAACAUUGGGUUCUUAAAGAGGAAGACAGAAAGAGAGGGGAAAAUGGGAUGGAUAGUGAUGCCUAAUAUUGACUCUUCCUUUUUUUUUUUCUUCGCUCUGUUCAUUGAUUUGAAUUGUAAAUGUAUUGUGAAAAGAAUCUUCACACAUGUACUCAGUUUCCUUUUUCUUCUAUUACUGAAAUAGACAUCUUCUGUCCUUCCUCCCACACAGUUUAACACUACUACGUCUGCGAUCACCAGAACUGUUGGUGCCACAGUGUUUAAAUCCCUUGCAUACUUGCACCCUCUAUAGAAAUUAUCCUUGCUGUGCAAAGCAUACGCUUGUAUAAUACUGAUACAAAUGACAAAAAUUAUCCUUACCAGAUUGUGUACAACAUACCGUCUGUAUUGUAUACAGAUAUUUAGUAUAUUUUCCAAACAGGUUUGCAUUUUGGACUGAUUGUGCUUUUGUAGGUUGCUUGCCUUUGUGUGUGCAAAGCUGUUCCAGGAAUCAUCAGUUUUACAUCUCCAUCAUUACUGGAAUUUUGGAAUUUCAGAGACUGACCGGGAACAGUUACAAAUCAUGUCCUUGAGUUUUGCUAAUCUUCACAAGUUCCAGUUUUGAGAAUCUCAAUAUAAUUGCAUUGACAUCAUGGCAUGGCGCACUUCCCUUGUUAUAGCACCUUGAAUAUUUACUUCUUCUUUCUGCUUCUAUAUUUCUUUCUUUCUUUAGAUCACUUAUACAGUUCUUUGAAUUCUUAUUGUAUUAAAUAUUACGUUUACUUGUAAUAUGAUGAACCUUUGUUUUUCGUUUAGCUUUGUUCUGUAUUUCUGUUCCUGUAAAUGCACAACUCUCUCCUUAAUUGUGCAUAUUUUAGGCCACUUCCUAUUUGAUAGCCCUCACCGGUGCCAGCUGGUGCCAGGUGGAUUUGUUUAUCUGAAGAGUGCAUUAUAGACCCUCUGAGACACUCACGUAGUUGCCAGUGGUCACCACAAACUGUCGAGGAACUGAACUGCACUUUUAUUUUCGGUUUAGAGAUUCCAGUUAGUCUUUUUUGGUGAUGUAGGUGUUUGAGCAGUGCAGCUUCCCGCCCCCUCUCACCUCUAUCUUUUGUGUCAGCAGUGACCUUAUGAUUUCCCUGCAACUUUCCAUCUUGUUUAACAGAUUCAUGAUAUACAAGAAUACAAGAUGAUCAUCCUCCUCGUCCUUGAGUUAUGCAUCCCAGUGACCACUUUGAUCUUAGCCAAAGUAUUUCAAGGAAAUGUCUUUUAAUGGAGAACACAAAUAAACAAUUCUUAUUCACAAA